UCGAAAAUGGCCACGCGGUCCUAGACGAGAAAAUGGCGUUCCGGACACCCGACGAACCCAUGGUCAAGGCCAUUUGGGAAGACAAUGCCGAUGCAGUCAGAGGCUUCUUGGACGCCGGUGUCCGCGUCGACGAGUACUCGAUCCAUGCUCCUGUUUGACCGAAACGCAAAUCCCAACAUCUACAAUAUCGCGUCCCAGAAUGCCCCGCUGGUCGCGGCGGCGGCUAUCAACGACGAGUAUCUUAUGCGAGCCCUCAUUAAGCACGGCGCGGAUAUCAACGCCCCCAACACCGUCGCCACGAUCCUCCAGAACUGCAGCCUCGACAUGCUCCGCUUCAUCAUCCGCAAGAACGCUAUCCUCGCGGAGAUCGAUGAAGGAGACAUCCAAUUCCCUGUGCGCGGAAUUCCCCCUUUCCACCACGCCGCCUUCAACAAGUCCAACCCGGAUGUCCUACGCUUCCUUAUUGGCUACCUCCCCGAAGCCCUAAACGACACGGACACCUUCGGCCGCAACGCCCUCUGGAUCGCCGCGCAACAACGUAACCACGAUGCAGUCGUCGACCUAGUCACCGCAGGGAUCAACAUCAACCAGCUCGACCACGUCGGCGAGACCCCCCUGCACGGCUGCCUGCAGUACAUCAAAGACACCGAGAUCCCAGCCUUCCUGCUUGAAAACGGCAUCGACGUCGGUAUCCCCGGCCAGUCCGGAAUGACGGAGCUGCACUAUGCGGCGGAGCUGGGUGCCGAGCAUGUGGUUGAGAUGCUGAUUGAGGAGGAGGUUCAUGUGGACGCGCAGGAUGCGCAGAACCGCACGGCGUUGCAUUGGGCUGUGCGCGGUAACCAUGAGCGUGUUGUUCGUCUUCUUGUGAACCAUGGAUGGGCGUAUUUGAAUACUCGCGAUGUGUGGAACAGUACGCCGAUGGAUAUUGCGAAGGCCAGGGGAUACAGUGAGAUUUGGACUUAUCUUUCCAUCAAGUUGCAGGAGUUUACCAUGCCGUCAUUAUUUGCUUUAUGGAAUGUCAAAUUUAUGUUCAAGGUGGGUGGGUUUAGGGUUGUGGUUUGAGAUCAUGUCUUGCUUCAGGUUGACGUGUGAGAUAGCUAAGUUUGUUUUUAUGCUUUUGGGUGUUUAUAGAAGGUCAUCAAAGUGAGUUUGAAUAUAUCAGUGUAUGUGAAUCCCUUCCUACGCACUCGUAGUUUUGUAAAUAUGUGACAUGCAAUUAACAAACUACCUCCCAGUACCGGUGACAGUAAAUAUCUAUCUGUAAAUGUAAAUGCAAACAAAAGAGACGCCGAUA